AGGCUUAAGAUUGCGCUAGCAGUGCUCAAUUUGCCUAUAAAACUUUGUAACUUAGUGAAAGGUUCCAGUUUGAAACUGUCUGUUUUUAAUAUUACACGCAAAUCGAAAUAACUUUCAGAUUUUUACUAAUUCGUUUGCGUUGACUUCAUUUGAGAAUUCUUUCGUGUAUUCAAGCAUGAUUAUUAAAAUUGAAAUCAUGAAGAAUGCAUCACCCAAUUGGUAGCAGCCCUUACUCACCUGAAUCAACACAUUCCUCAAGUCCUCAGAUAUGCCAAAGCUUCUUCAGAGGAAACUUUCCUAUGAUGUGUACCUCAUCGAACAGUACCUACGUGGAAUAUUCUCUCAGUUCAACUGUUAUCAGACCAGGCAGACCAUCUCCAUGUUUAUUUAUACUUAAUCAACCACAGGGAAAGUUUCGUUUUCGUUAUGCCUCUGAAAUGACUGGAACACAUGGAUGUCUUAUGGCUGAAAGCAAGGAAUGGAACAAAAAACAAAAUAUUCGCGUUCAAUUGGAAGGCUGUCCAGAUCGAGAAGCUAUUAUUCGUUGUACAUUUGUUACAAACACUUCAAUACCUGUUCCACAUGCUCAUCGUCUUGGAGGGAAAGAAAACUCCAAUAAGGAUAAUGGUAACGAAGGAGAAUACCAAGAAAUCGUAGUCUCUGCUAAAAACGAAUGGACUGCAACUUUCUCCGGUUUAAUAAUCAUCCACACAUUGAAAAAACAAGUCCCUGAGGUAAUUUUAAGGCGUUUGAUAAAUGAAAUGGGGAAUGCACCCAUAAAUCGUAACCAACGGCAACAGUUGAAGGAUGAAGCAGAUAAGAUAGCCAAUACAAUGGAUCUUCACUCAGUUAAACUAAAGUUUGAAGCCUUUGUGGAACAAAACGGUUUUCGUGAACAGAUCUGCCCACCUCAAUAUUCCCAAGCUAUCCACAAUUUAAAAAGCACUCAUGCUGGAGACUUACGCAUUGUUCGAAUAGAUAAGGUCUGUGGUUGUUGUACGGGACAGGAAGAGAUUUUCAUCUUCGUCGAGAAAGUCAAUAAAAAGGACAUAAAAAUUCGUUUCUUCGAGACAGAUGAAAAUGAGCAAGAAAUCUGGCAUGCAUUUGCCGACUUUUCUGAAUUGGAUGUGCAUCAUCAAUUUGCUAUCGCAUUCAAGACUCCCGCUUAUCAAGAUCCGAAUAUUCAAUCAGAUGUGACUGUUCAGUUCCAGUUAUAUCGGCCCAGCAAUCAAUCUACCAGUGAAGCCAAAUCUUUCACCUAUACUCCAAGAGAGAGAGUUGGUGCAAAGCGACCAUACCCAGAUAGGCCGUCGACAUCACCGAAUAUAGUCAAAGAUAUUGGACAGGCUGAUUGGAACAUUUUUGAAGAAUUUUUUAAUUUUGACACUUAUGGCUCAGAUGCUUCUGGAUCAACUAUCGAUGCACUUACUCCACAACUAAAACAUAUGAAGAUAUCACCAAAGAAGUCUCCUUUCAGUGAUUUGAAGCCCCAUAAGAUUAACCAAUUAGUUUCAUCACCAGUUACAACAUCCAAAUUAAUGUCUGCUUAUUCAAUGAACAUGGCCCGGGCGAUUCGCUGGUACGCCACGACGGGUGAUUUGAGUCAUAUUUUGACUCGUAUGCGACAUCUUAUGGCAAUGCAAAGUGAAGAUGGAGACAAUGCACUCCACGACGCUCUUAUUCACAAUCAAACCGAUGUUGUGCGCGCUAUACUGCAUGCGGCUUCCUUUCAUAACACAGAACUGAAUUUCAUCAACGCUCAAAAUAAUGCAAAUCUGACACCAUUACACAUUUCUGUUCUUAAAAACCAAACCGAGGCUACAGCUUUGCUUUUGCAAAGCGGAGCAAACCCUGGAUUGGUGGAUGCUAACGGAAAUACCCCAAUUCAUCUUGCUGCAAUGGACAAACAUCUCAUUGACUGUCUUCAACUACUUUUAAAUACUUCCAAUUGGAAGCCAGCCCAUGCUCUGAAGUUGAAUACGAUAAAUUACGCUGGUCUUACUCCUUUACACAUUGCGGUUAACGCAAUGAACGUGAAAAGCGUAGAAUUGCUACUUGCCAAAGGAGCUGAUGUCAACUGUCAUGAAACAAAGCGCGGGAGAUCAGUUUUACACAUUGCCGUUAAAAAGCAAUCGGAAGAGAUGGUGGCGUUAUUGCUGAGCUGUACAUCUUUGAAUGUGAAUAUGCAAAGCUAUGAUGGAAUGACUGCUUUACAUCUGGCUGUGUUGGACGAACUUGAUCAAAUCUGUAGUUUAUUAAUAAAGAGCGGGGCGGAUCCCUCAAUUCUUAACUACGUGAAUUCUUCCGCAUCGUCGGAAAAUGAAGAAUGUGACGAAAAUGACCCCGAACACUUGUUGGGAGAUGGUAGUGUUGAAAAAGGACAAAGUUCCUUAGAUUUGGCACAGUGCAAUUUAACGAUAGCUAAAGUGUUACGUGAUGGUACGCACUCGUCAACGAGCUUGGCUCCCUGCGAAACUAAUUUUUUGGUGAUGGAUGAAGAUGAGCGGAAAAGUACCGCAUCAGACGCUACUUCAAAUAGUAGAGUUUUGGACUCGGGCAUCGAUUUGAUGACUAGCAAAGAGUUGCCGAAAGAGCUGGACAAACGUAUCAUCAGUGACUUGGCUAACAUAUUAGAUUCUCCCAACAAAGAAUGGGAACAGUUGGCCGAUAGUCUGGAUCUCUUAUUGAGCAUGCGAACCGUUUUGGACAAGCAGCAAAGUCCAACCACGUAUUUGCUAUCAAAUAUGGAUCUUUGGGAAGUGUCGACUCAGGUCGUAUUGGAAAAACUGCAUUUCCUCAAAUUCACAGAUGCUGCGACGCUGCUUGAAAAUUAUUUGGCAACUUAAAAACCAAUUAAGUAUUGGCUAGUU